UUUCCCGAACAAAGUUUCUUUUCGAUCGUGACCGGCGUCCUGGCUUCUAAAAAACCUCGCCGCCUCUUCUCCUCCGCUUGCCGGCGUCUCUUCCAUCGCUUCCCUCUUGACGCCACCUCCACGGCCGUGUUGAAUUCCGCUUCAUCGUCCGUUGCGGCAGGAUCGGCAUCUUUGUUGCAGCUCUCCCCUCACCCUAUCCAUGACCAUGAUGACCCCUCCGCCCCUAAUCGAACGGGAAGAUAAUGAAAUUUUCGUGCCGAACUCGGAGUUUCCUGAAGGGCCUCAGCCCAUGGAAGUUGCACCUCCGGAGGUUGCCACCACGACUGAUAUUCAGCAGGUGGAGGACCCCCCAUCUUCCAGAUUUCUUUGGACGAUCGAGAAUUUUUCAAGGUUGAACUUUAAGAAGCAUUACUCCGACGUUUUCAUUGUUGGAGGCUAUAAAUGGAGGGUUUUGAUUUUUCCAAAGGGGAACAAUGUAGAACACUUGUCUAUGUACCUAGAUGUUGCCGAUUCUGCAAGCUUGCCGUAUGGGUGGAGUAGACAUGCACAAUUUGGUCUUGCUGUGAUCAAUCAGAUGCACGGAAAGUUCACUAUAAGAAAAGAAGCGCAACAUCAAUUUAACAUACGGGAAAGUGAUUGGGGAUUUACAUCAUUUAUGCCUCUUAGUGAUCUUUAUGACCCAAAUAAAGGAUUUCUUGUAAAUGAUACUGUGGUAGUUGAAGCUGAGGUAGUUGUUCGUAAGUUGGUUGAUUAUUGGACCUAUGACUCAAAAAAAGAAACAGGUUAUGUUGGCCUUAAGAAUCAAGGUGCCACAUGUUAUAUGAACUCCCUUCUACAGACAUUGUACCAUAUUCCCUAUUUUAGAAAGGCUGUGUACCAUAUGCCCACAACUGAGAAUGACAUUCCCUCAGGAAGCAUCCCCUUGGCUCUGCAGAGUCUGUUUUAUAAGUUGCAGUAUAGUGAUACUAGUGUUGCUACAAAAGAGCUUACUAAAUCAUUUGGUUGGGACACAUAUGAUUCAUUCAUGCAACAUGAUGUUCAAGAACUUAAUAGGGUUCUUUGUGAGAAGCUGGAAGAUAAGAUGAAGGGAACUGCUGUUGAGGGCACAAUACAACAAUUAUUUGAAGGUCACCACAUGAACUAUAUUGAUUGCAUUAAUGUUGAUUACAAAUCUAGCCGAAAGGAGUCAUUCUAUGACCUGCAACUUGAUGUCAAAGGGUGUCGUGAUGUUUAUGCUUCCUUUGAUAAAUAUGUUGAAGUUGAGUCUCUUGAAGGAGACAACAAGUACCAUGCAGAAAAAUUUGGUUUACAGGAUGCCAAGAAAGGAGUGCUCUUCAUUGAUUUCCCUCCAGUUUUGCAGCUCCAGCUAAAACGUUUUGAAUAUGAUUUUAUGAGGGAUACCAUGGUUAAGAUAAAUGAUCGGUAUGAGUUCCCAUUACAGCUGGACCUUGAUAGGGAUAAUGGAAAAUAUUUAUCUCCUGAUGCUGACAGAAGUGUUCGCAACCUUUACACCCUGCACAGCGUUCUUGUUCACAGUGGUGGUGUACAUGGUGGACAUUACUAUGCUUUUAUCAGACCAAUUAUUUCUGAUCACUGGUUCAAGUUUGAUGAUGAGCGUGUGACAAAAGAAGAGAUGAACAGAGCCCUGGAGGAACAGUAUGGCGGUGAAGAAGAGUUGCCGCAGCUGAAUACAGGUUUCAACAACGGGCCAUUGAAGUUUACGAAGUAUUCUAACGCAUACAUGCUUGUCUACAUUCGUGAGAGUGAUAAGGACAAAAUAAUAUGCGGUGUGGAUGAAAAAGACAUUGCAGAACACCUUAGGAUUAGAUUGAAGAAAGAGAAAGAAGUGAAGGAGCACAAGAAGAAGGAAAAGUCAGAGGCUCACCUUUAUACUAUCAUAAAGGUUGCUCGAGAUGAGGAUUUAACUCAACACAUAGGAAGGGGUAUUUUUUUUGAUUUGGUGGAUCAUGAAAAGGUUUGCAGCUUCCGAAUUCAAAAACAAACACCUUUUAAGGCUUUCAAGGAGGAGAUUGCCAAAGAAUUGGGUAUUCCAGUUCAAUUUCAGCGAUUUUGGCUGUGGGCCAAGAGGCAAAACCAUACAUACCGCCCUAAUAGACCAUUAACUCCCAUAGAGGAAGCGCAGCCUGUUGGACAACUUAGAGAGGUGUCAAAUAAAACUAACAAUGCUGAGCUAAAGCUAUUCUUGGAAGUAGAGCUUAUAGAUUCCAUUCCUAUCCCUCCAGUUGACAAAACGAAGGAAGACAUACUGCUUUUUUUUAAGCUUUAUGAUCCUUUUAAGGAAGAGCUAAGGUAUGCCGGAAGGCUAUUUGUUAAGGCACUUGAGAAGCCUAUAGAUAUACUAACAAAACUUAAUGAAAUGGCUGGUUUUUUACCUAAUGAGGAAAUUGUACUAUAUGAGGAAAUCAAGUUUGAACCAAACGUUAUGUGUGAAAACAUUGACAAGAGGGCCAGUUUUAGAACCAGCCAGCUUGAAGAUGGAGAUAUCAUUUGUUAUCAGAAAAGUCCUGUUCCUGACAGUAAUGAUCAGUUUCGCCACCCUGAUAUUCCUUCAUUUUUGGAAUACGUUCACAAUCGGCAGGUUGUUCACUUCCGGUCCCUGGAGAAGCCAAAGGAGGACGAUUUUUUCUUAGAACUUUCAAAGCUUCAUUCCUACGAUGAUGUGGUUGAAAGGGUAGCUCAUCAUCUUGAUUUGCACGAUCCUUCCAAAAUUAGACUUACGUCCCAUAACUGCUAUUCUCAACAACCAAAACCCCAACCCAUCAAAUAUCGUGGCGUGGAGCAUCUAUCGGACAUGUUGGUCCAUUACAAUCAGAUUUCUGAUAUUCUCUAUUAUGAAGUUUUGGACAUCUCUCUGCCUGAGUUACAAGGGCUGAAAACUCUCAAAGUUGCAUUCCAUCAUGCCACUAAAGAUGAAAUUAUAAUUCAUACCAUUAGGCUGCCCAAAAAUAGCAUCGUAGGUGAUGUCAUCAAUGAUCUCAAAACAAAGGUUGAAUUGUCCAACGCAAAUGCUGAGCUCCGGUUAUUGGAGGUAUUUUAUCACAAGAUAUACAAGAUAUUUCCACUAAGUGAAAAGAUAGAAAAUAUUAACGAUCAGUACUGGACUCUGCGUGCAGAAGAGAUACCGGAGGAGGAGAAAAAUUGUAGUCCACAUGAUCGUUUGAUUCAUGUCUACCACUUUAUGAAAGAUCCAAAUCAAAAUUCAACGCAAGUCCAGAAUUUUGGUGAACCUUUCUUCUUGGUCAUUCAUGAUGACGAAACUCUGGCUGAAGUAAAGGCACGCAUUCAAAGAAAACUACAAGUUCCUGAUGACGAGUUUUCAAAGUGGAAAUUUGCGUUUAUGUCACUUGGCCGGCCUGAGUAUCUUCAAGAUUCUGACAUAGUCUCGACUCGUUUUCAGAGAAGAGAUGUUUACGGAGCUUGGGAACAGUAUCUUGGAUUGGAACAUUCAGACACUUCUCCAAAAAGGGCUUAUCAAGCAAAUCAGAACCGUCAUCACACAUCUGAGAAGCCUGUGAAGAUCUACAACUAGGCUAUAGUGAGAUUUUGCUUCCGGGUCAUUUUACCUUUUACUGGGGUAUUUGCGCAGUCCACGGGAGCCAGCGACAUGUAUAGAUAGAUCAUUGAAGGAACAAGAGCUGCACUAAGAUUAGCUUGUCCAGGUUCAGAGCUUUUUCGAGCCCGCUACAGCUGAGGUUUCAAAAGCCUUGGGAGAGCCAAAAAAAAAAAUUUUUUUCCCCUAUUUUAUUGGCUGGUGGGGUGGGUUGUUUUUGUUCCCCAGAACUGCCUUUCUAAAACAAUAAUUCUGUGAUUUGUCACUUCAAUGGUUUUGCCAGCAGGAUAAGGGUUUUCCAUUCCACUGUAUUUAAACACAUAUGGUCGUCUUUGUUUAACAGAUGUAUACAGCAACAUUAGUUUGAUCAGGGAAGUGAUGCUCUUGUUAAUUCUUAAAUUUGCUUGCCUCUUUUUCUCA